CCUAUAUCUGCUUCUUAUGUGACAUCGUUUAGCAGCAGAUAGCGUCAUUCGUCCCUCUUCUCCGAUACGUCGCACUGUCAAGGAAAAUAAAAAAAAACCGGUGUGGGUAUUGUAUCAUUAUACGUUCAGUUAUAUCGGUUUUCCCGCGAUGACCGCUCAACUCGACCGUCGCGAUUAAAUAUAACGUAAAUAAAAACUGUUUUGUACAACAAAAACAUCUCGAUAGUUUUAAAUCGUUAAUUUAGUGUGUCCAAUUUAUUAUUUUAGUGAGCGAGUUAUAGAUUUAGUAGUUUUAGGUGAACAAAAUUGUGAUUUGACGAAAAUAAUGUUGUGGUAAAUGCAUUUUAUUUGGACGCUCGCUGUGUGAUUAAUGUGACCUCGGCAGUGUUGUGUUUGUUGUUGAUUAAAAAAUGUAUUUUGGUAUCGUCCUCCCCUUUUUAUUCAUUACCUCAUCUUCAUGGUCAAAACAAAUCACGGAAAACCGGCAUCACUGCAGCGGUGUAUCCGAGUUCACGUGCGAGGAUGGGUCGUGCGUGCCGCUGAGCCGGUACUGCGACGGCAUCAAUGACUGCAACGACAGCAGUGACGAAGCCACAUGCUACAUCGGCGAGUCUCCCGAACAGCUAGUUUUGCAGCGCGCCAAGAAACAAGUUCCACAGGUUCUGUGCCGCAAUGACGAGUGGAGCUGUAGAGAUGGCACCUGCAUCAGCUACGGAGGCAAAUGCAAUGGGGUCAUUGACUGCCCCGAUGGCAGCGACGAGACCGCACUCAUGUGCGACAUGAACAAUUGUGACGAAUCUCAGUUUCGUUGCUCGUACGGCGCAUGCGUGGCCAACGAUGCACCCUGCAACGGGGUCCCUGAUUGCGCGGACAACUCUGAUGAGCUGAUGGCGUACUGCUCCAACAACCAGAACGACACCCAGAAAUAUGAAGAAGAAAUGAGAAAUAUGCGUCACAAGCGGCAAGCAACAUGCGGUAAGGCGCAGUGGAAAUGCCGCGACGGUAGCUGUAUCUCCGUCUACGGCAAAUGUGACGGCAUGAAAGACUGCGCAGACGGCAGCGACGAGACCUUCGCUUUAUGCAGAAAAACUCCAUUGAAGACUUACAAAAAACCCUCUGGUAGCCUCUAUAAGAACUUAGAAAAGAAGCUAUGGAAGGAGCACUCAGAUUUACCCAAGAAGGUUAAAGUUCCCAUAAGAUGUCAAUCUAACUGGUUCCGCUGCACGUAUGGCGCCUGCGUUGACGGCACAGCUCCCUGCAACAACGUGCAGGAGUGUGCUGACAACUCCGAUGAACUGCUACGCCGCUGCCGCAAUCAAACAGAAGAAGUCAGGGGCACCUUUACCUGUGAUAACGGCAAAGAAAUUCCGGCGUUCGCUCACUGCGACGGUGCCAAGGACUGCACAGACGGAUCCGAUGAAACCGUCAAGGCGUGUGCCGGAAAGACUUGUGCUUCAUAUCUCUUCCAAUGCGCGUAUGGUGCAUGCGUCGACCAAGGAUCUGAUUGUGACAACAAAGAAGAUUGCGCUGAUGGUUCCGACGAAUCUGAUGAACUUUGCAAUAAAACCUCUACAGUCACCCCGCCUGUCGUUCCGCUCUCCGGCGGGUCCUGCCGACUUCCUCCAUAUCCCGCGAAUGGCCACUACGUUGUCAGCAACGUGCGCGGGGCGGUGCCCGGCCAGAGCUUCUACUCCGUCGGGCUCAACGUGACCUGCAACCCAGGGUACGGUCUCGCGUCCUCAGCUGGGAGGUUGUGCGUCGAUGGCGUCUGGCAGCCACAUCCGGUCAGGGACGACGAUUGCGUGCGUUUCUGCCGCCUCAACAAGGACCCGAGCGUUACGUACCGUUGUCUCUUAACGGGCAACUCGGACGGUACCCGAGAGUGCACGGAGUAUGAACCUGCCGGCACCAUUGUCCGGCCAGACUGCAAUACACCCAACUACUACUACCCGGGCGUACUGCCGUACAUGCGCUGCAUCGACGGCAAUUGGGACUACGUCGCCCGCUGCAACGCAGAAUGCGGUCGAGUGGUGCCAAAAGGCAUAGACCUCAUCAUCGGCGGGCGGCCGGCGGAGCGUGGCGAGCUGCCCUGGCACACCGGCAUAUACAGGAAGACUACCACGCCUUACAUGCAGAUCUGCGGGGGGUCGCUGGUCAGCGCCAAGGUGGUCAUAUCAGCCGCUCAUUGCUUCUGGAAUGACACGCACAAGGCGUUGCCGGCUUCCAACUACGCGGUGGCUCUCGGUAAACUGUACAGACCCUGGGCUUACUCGGGAGACCAGGACGUGCAGCGAUCUGAUGUAGCGCAAAUCAAUCUGUCACCUUACUUCCAAGGUGGCACCGCCAACUUCCAGGAUGACAUAGCAAUCAUGUUACUGGCCUCCGUGAUCGAAUUUAGGCCGCACAUAAGGCCCGUGUGUGUGAGCUUCAACGUUGUGUUCGAGAGCCGUCAGUUGUCGCCCGGAAAUAAAGGGAAGGUAGCCGGUUGGGGGCUGACAGAGGAGAACGGCAACGCGUCACCGUUCCUGAAGGUGGUGGAACUUCCGUUCAUAUCCAUACAGGAAUGUCAGACUGACGCACCGCUGGACUUCAGGGAGUACAUCACUGGCGACAAGUUCUGCGCUGGAUUUAGGAACGGUACCGCUCUCUGCAAAGGCGACAGUGGAGGGGGCUUGACGUUCCCCGAUCAGGAGCAAGGCAACACCCGCUACUACCUCCGGGGGGUCGUCUCCACGGCCCCGAACAACGACAACCUCUGCAACGCCUAUUGGCUCACGACAUUCACUCAGAUCUCGCGUCACGAGCACUUCAUCAAGAACUAUCUGUAGAUGAAAAACUCACUAGUCUUAUCACAGAUCACAGAAAGAGGUUACUUCGUAUUUGCUAUUGUGCCACGCAUAGGGUUGUCAACCCUACUGUAUAAUAUAGUGAUGUCGAUUCUGGCAUGAUAAUCUAAAGACAACAGUCCAUCCUUGUCAUUCUCUGUACAGAAUGAAAAGGAGAGACUGAUGUUAAAU